GGUAUAUUUGUGAAGGUCGGACCGCAUAUUCGGUCGAAAAGCUCCCAAACAGCUGAGGGGAGGAAAAAUCAAUUUUGCAACUCCAACGUCGUCUGUUUUCUGGUUCUGUGCAUUUUAAAGCGUUAAAAACCCGUAAAAAUGUCCUCUAACGGCGAGUGCUUUGUUGUUCUGCCUGCCAACUGUGUCUCUGGUACCCUAAUUGUUGGCCGCAAUGCGGAGGACGAGGCAUCUGUUGGCGUUGCAGAAGAAGUAUGCUACUAUGAUGUCAGCGAUGUCAUAGGGGAGGGGAAGACUGAUGGCGGAGCCGCUGCUGAAUCGAGCAACGAAGACGCCUUGCGUGUUAUAUUGCAAAAACCUAAGCCCGGUCUAUGGGGUGGUGAUUUCGGGGCCAACGAACGCGGCGUGGCCGUAGGCCUCACCUGGACGGAUGGCGAGGAGGAUGCCAAAGACAACGAUAGCCUGCUGGGCACGGAUAUAGUACGAUUGACUUUGGCCGUGUCUAGCGAUGUGGAGGCUGCCGUGGACCGUAUUGGGCUGCUGGUUGCUACCCACGGCCAUGAUAAAACCAAGCUCAAUUUUAUAGCGUGUGAUUCCACUGCCGCCUGGCUCAUCAGCUGUGCCGGAAAGGUCUGGGCCGCCGAGAAGGUGGAGUCCAGCUUCCUGCGGCUGCCCAGUGGCGGUCUGACUGUGACCACCACCAUCAACAAGUCCAGUGAGGGUCUGGACGCAGAGGCCAGCUUUGCAGCGGCCCACGAUGCCGAGGCACAGCCACCAGCCGAGGAUUGGUGCGGCCCCAAGCCAUCGGGCGAUGGCACCUACACUCAACACGAUAUGUUCGAGACGCUGCGCGCCGCCAGCAACGAGAGUAGCUCAAGAGCGGCCACUGUUUCUGUGCUCUCGGCCAAGGGGAUAUGCUGUCAUUGGUUUACGGCCACGCCCAAUGCAGCCGAAUCUGUGUUCAAGCCGUUCGUUUUCGCCCCCAAGCCUCGGAUCUCGCCACUUACUGCAGUACAGUCAGAGGCUGAACUAACGCUCCUACACAAAUUACAUUCGCAGCGCAAGCCAGCGGCCCUGGAGCACUUGCGCAGUCUGGAGCGCUCUUGUGUGGACGAGUUGAACAAUUACUUUUCGCUGCAGGAUCAUGCGAGCGACGAGCUGGACGAGCUGCUCAAGGACUGUGUCGAGGCGGAGGUUAAAUUCUAUCGCUAAACGAUACUACAAAUAUUGAUAUUCCAAAAAACAAAAACUAGCUUGCAAGCGCCUCUAUUGAGCCUUGGGAUUUGACUCUGAUGCAUUUUUGAUAGGCUAUAUCCAAAAACAAAUGACUCUCUUGUGCAAUCUUUCAAUCGAUUUUAAUUUCGUUUAGUUUUUAUGCUUUU